CUCUCUUCUCCACUUAACACCAGCGCUCCACUCCUGCACAGUCCUCUGCACCAGCCAGCGCACGGCGAGCGCGCCGGCAUUGGCGCCGUAAGAUGGCGAGCGGCUCCGGGGAGCACUUCCUGAGGCAGCUGAGCUCCAGCAACGGGCUGCAGGCCCCGCAGGACGGGUACGGCGGCGGCGGCGGCGGCGGGCGGAGGAGGGGCUCGAGGCGGUGGUCCAAGAAGCGGGCCGGGAGAGGGUACGGCGGCGGCGGGAAGGGUGAGGCGUCGGCGUCGUCGGCGUCGGCCGGGAGGAAGCGGGUGAUGGUGGUGGUGGACGACAGCUCCGGCGCCAAGCACGCCAUGAUGUGGGCGCUCACCCACGUCGCCAACAGGGGUGACUUCCUCACCCUGCUCCACGUCCUGCCGCACUUCGGCGCCGGAGGCGAGGAGGCGCCCUCCCUCGCCAACUCCCUCGGCACGCACUGCAAGGCCUGCAGGCCCGAGGUGGAGGUGGAGGCGCUGGUGAUCCAAGGCCCCAAGCUGGGCACCAUCCUCAGCCAGGUGAAGAAGCUGGAGGCCUCCGUGCUGGUGCUCAGCCAAACCAAGCCCUCUACCUUCUGCUGGCUAAGCUGCUUGGCGCCGAGCAGAGGGGAGGAGGAGGUGGUCGAGCAGUGCAUCAACCAGGCCGAGUGCCUGACGCUGGCGGUGAGGAAGCAGAGCAAGGGCGUCGGCGGAUACCUCGUCAGCACCCGGUGGCAGAAGAACUUCUGGCUCCUCGCUUGACCGUCCGUCGUCCCGUCCGCCAUGUCCACGACCGUGUUUCUAUAAAAGCUCGCUGCUGAGUUUGUCUGUCUA